GUGAUCCAAUAUGAUGUUUGUUCAAUGCAUAACAUAAUUUGUCUAUGUGCAAUGCCCCAUGCUAUAUCCAAUUUUUCUUUCUAUGCUUGCACAUGUCUGAAGUCCAGACCCAGAGUGCUGCUUAUGUUGGCUAUGCAUGCAUGUAAUGCGUGCUGUACAGCUAUUUAAGUAGAGGGUUCACUGUAUACUUUGCACAUGCCAUUUCCAACCUCUUUGGAAGCAUAUAUGUCAACCUGCUACUAAUCCAAACAUUUUAUAUACUUAUUAUAUUACUAUAUUUAUUUAUUUAUUUAUUAUUUUGGAACAAUUUCUGGGUAUACGAGGACGUACCAAGUCAGACAGAACUAAUUUGUGAACCCAAGUUAGUUGCACAACCAGACCUGAUUUCUAAUAGACUUCAAGGCUUUAAUAGACACUGAAACAUUUUUCCUCUAAUCAGUGUAGAAGUAUUUGCUCUUGCCGCAAAAAAGGUUGCAUUGCCCUAGAUUAUAUGUGAAAAUUUAGUUAGCUUAUUUGUAUAUCAAUUGUCAUGAAUUAAGCUAUGUAAUAAUCUGAAAAGAAAAUGCAUAGAGACAAGUACAAAGUAAUGUGGAUUCAAACUGCGCUGGUUAUGUAUUAAGAUUAUUACAUCACCAAGAUUGCAUGUAGUAAUUUGAGAUUCAAUUAGUAGUUUGGCCAUUUAGUGUUUCCUAUUAUUAUGUGGGGUAGUAAUUUUCACAUAUGCUUAUACUAUAAUCUCUACACAUUUUAAAAUCCUAUAUUAUAUAUAUGUUUUACUGCUACAUUUUCUCUUCUUUUUUGAAUUCUAAAUUCUGAUCGAACCCAAAUGAAAACCAUUGACAUGAUUAAAAAUAGUGAAUAUUGUGGUUUCCCUUCCGUGGCUAUUAUUUUCUGUUCAGUUCUCAUUGUUUAAUUCUACAACCGAAUGUUUUCACUAUGAAUUCUUCAAUUCCUAUUUCUCAGUUCUUACACUACUGUUGUGUGGUAUUACGUGACAAGAAGUUGCACAUAUUGUAGCAAACACAAACACCAGCGCAUGGGAAUGCACGGGUUCACGACUAAGCUAGGUUUUGGACAGUGUUACGUCCUUCCUAAAUCAUUUUCUCUUCUAAGCGCAUACAGGUAGGAGGUGAAAAUAUCUUCCAAUUUAUCACCGAAUCUCUUUUCUUGCUUAUAGUCCCUCUGUUCCUAUAUAUAAGUCUUAGAGAUUACACUAUAGACUACAUACGGAGUAAAAUGAGUGAACAUAUACUUUAAAAGGCGUCUAUAUACAUCCGAAUGUAGUCUCUAUAGUGGAAUCUCUAAAAAGACUUAUAUUUAGAAACGGAGGAAGUAUAUCGCAUGAAGUAUGCGGGACGCAGUUGUGGCACAUUAGUUUCACCAUAAAAGCAUAUACAACUCAAUGUACAUAUAUACAUGGAGAGUGAAUUUUUUGCUCUUGGUCUAAUAAAAAAAAAACCUUUUAUGUUUUAGAAAAACUGCAAAUAAAUACAGGUACUUAUCGUGAAACUACUAAAUACACAGGUACUAUACACAAAAAUGUCGACUAGAUGUGUGUGAAAUAUCAUCACGAAAUAAUUUUUGAUGUGAGCUGUACAAAAAGAAGUCAUGUCGUUUUAUAGUGAAUAGUACAUAUGCUUGAAAUAUGUGAUUUCGUCAUUUUUGCGUAGCUUUCACCAAGAAACUUUGUAGUCAAGUAGUAGACCAUCCAUAUGUAUGUGUGUAGUUUUUUUUACCUAAAAAUUAGUUUUUUCAAAAUUUCAAAUUAAGGCCUCCAUGGAGCUUGAGCUCUAUUAGGAAUUGCCUAUGCAUGUUGUUAUUUUAAUUUUAGUCUUUUUCCCUAGCAAUUCGACUUGUCUCAUUCUUUUUCAUCACCAAUUACAAAUAAAUGAUAGAAGAGAGAAUGUCACAUGAAAUCACUAGAAAAGGUUAUUUUGUGCAUAGCUAAUUAAUUAGAUGGGCAUGUGAAUCCAGAUUAUAUGGGUGUUCAAUUGCUACAUCACUUCUAUCAUUGUAUUCUUACUAUCCUACCGUGAUGACUGGAGAUGGCAGGUUUGUGGGGGAGAUGUCCCAUGACAACACAAUCCAGUGCAUAAUUGAUUUAGCAGCCGGAAAAAGAGUCAAGAUGCAGCGAUGCAGUGUCAAGUGAGCAAUGGCAUGGCAUGAGCAAUUGCGGGGCCAGAUGCGAGCGCCACUGCUGUUCCACAAUGAACAAGUUAUUCUGCUGUUUAUGAUCAAGGCAUUGUUUGAUAAGGAAAGCCAUUUGCUUCUGAACUAAUCCACGUGGCAAUUUCCAUGGUUCAUCUAAUAUAAUUUUGAAAGCAAUCUGAUACGACCUCAAGUGUGCGUUUGCAUUCGUGUUUUUUUGUGUGUGAAUCGACUUCAAGUGUGUAGCUUUGGCAUGACCCAGAGGUCGCGUUGGGGAGCAGUACUGAGGAUCCAUCGUUACAGGUUGAGGCAACGUCAAUUUCAGAAGUCGAUUGGGAUAACUUGCAAAUAGUGGAGACACAUGAUGAAGAAGGUAGAAUUGAACUACUGAGUGAGGAUCAGUUAUGUGAAAUUUUGGGCUUGCAGGAUGAAGAAGAGAAAAAAGGUAAGAGUGAACCAAAGGGUCGUAGAAUGGUUGAGCAGGGCAGUGACAAUGAUGGUGCUGCCAUUCCUGUUAGUGAUGUCAUACCAAAUGAGGUAGUGAUUACAUAUGAUAAGGACCACCCAAAAAUGGACCUUGGCACAAUGUACCCAUCAAUGAAGGAAUUUAGGUUAGCAGUGAGGCAAUUUGCCAUCAAUGAGGAGUUUGAUAUAGGCACGGAGAAGUCGGAUAAAAAGAGAUUUAGAGGGUUCUGCAAGUCAAGUGAGGAUUGUCCUUGGAGGAUUGUUGGCAGCCUACAGGAUGAUAAAUGUACUGUAAAGGUCACAGUUUUAGUUGAUCAACAUGAUUGUGUUUCAAGCAGCAGAGUGAAGACCAUAACGCCAUCGCAAGACUGGGUAGCUAACAAGGCUGUGAGUAUCCUUAGGAGUUCACCUAAUAUGGGUGCUAAAGAAUUACAGAAAAAGUUGCAAGAACAAUACAAAGUCACAAUUCUAUAUGACACGGUCUGGAGGGGGAAAGAAAAAGCUCUUGCAGAGGUUUAUGGUAAAUGGGAAGAGAGUUUUGAGAUGUUAUAUAAAUGGAAGGCUGAGGUACUGAAGAGGUCACCUGGAAGUGUUGUGGAGAUUGAAGUACUGGAAAUAGAUGGUAAUGUGUAUUUUCAUCGGUUUUUUUGUGCACUUAAACCAUGCAUUGAUGGCUUUUUGGAAGGAUGUAGGCCACAUCUGAGUAUAGAUUCUACUGCAUUGAAUGGAAGGUGGAAUGGCCAUUUAGCCUCAGCUACGGCAGUUGAUGGUCACAAUUGGAUGUAUCCACUUGCUUUUGGGUUCAUUGCAUCUGAGACAGAAGACAAUUGGACAUGGUUUAUGAAUCAACUUAAGAUGGCAAUAGGAGAUCCUCCACUGCUUGCAGUGUGCACAGAUGCUUGCAAAGGCUUGGAGAAUGCGGUGAAGAAUGUGUUUCCCAAUGCUGAACAAAGGGAAUGUUUUUACCAUCUUACGAAGAAUUUUUCAAAAAGGUUCCAUGGCUUUGGAAGGAUGUACCCUGCAGCAAGGGCUUAUAGGGAAGAUGUGUUCACUGAACAUAUGGCAGCAAUCAUUAAACAAUCAGAUGAGGUAUGGAAAUGGUUGAGUCAGUACCACACUCUGAAGUGGAUGAGGUGUGUCUUCAAUCCAGAUAUCAAGUGUGACUAUAUCACUAAUAAUGUAGCAGAGGUUUUUAACAACUGGAUCCGAGACAUUAAGGAUUUACCUGUUGCUGAACUAGCUGAUAAGAUUAGAGAGAUGAUCAUGCUUUUGUGGAGGAAGAGGAGAAGGAUUGGAGAAAGGCUACCACCUGGACGGAUACUACCGGCAAUUAUGGUUCAGUUGAGAGCAAAUACUAGAGGUUUGGGGCACUUAAAAGUAGUGGAAUCUGCUAAUUGGAGUGCAGAGGUGUGGGAUAAUAGCAAGAACUGUGAAAGGCAUGUCAUGAAGCUAAAUCAGCAGACGUGUACUUGUCUUGAAUGGCAGCACACUGGUAAGCCAUGUCAACAUGUCUUGGCCUUUGUGACAUCCCAAGAGAGAGUAAACCUUGAACAAUUUGUGCAUGAGUACUACUCGGUGGACAGAUUCAAGGCUGCUUAUGGGAGAGAGAUUGAGCCAAUGACAGAUAAAUCACAAUGGCCACGUGUGGAGCUACCAUUUGUUGUGGGGGCACCACUUGCGAAAAGAAAUAAAGGAAGACAAAGGAAAUUGAGGAUCAAAGGAUGUCUUGAAGGUGGCCACAAGAAAAAAGGUGCCAAUGAUGCUCCCAAGGAUGAUAGCACUGCUCCCACCAAUUCUAAGGGAAAGAAAAUGAUUAGAGGGCCAGUGACUUGCAAGAAAUGUGGCGAAAAGGGUCAUAGGCAAGCUAGUUACAAGUGUCCACUCAAUGGAACCAAAAAAAGGAAGAGGAAGCCUAGAAAGAACAGUACAAAAGCUAGGCCAGCUGAACCUAGCACCCCACAAAGACCUACUAGAGAACAAAUAUUGCAGGACAGUCCAAGCAUGGUCACUAGAAGCCGCCUUGCUAUCUUGUUGGGAGAGGGUAGUUCUUCACGAACCACUAGAACUACCCCAGAGAGGAUGCCAACAGCAGCUCCACCAAAGAAGAUGACCCCAAGGAGGAUGCCAACAGCAGCUCCACCGAAGAAGAUUACUCCAAAGAGGAAGCUACCAGUUGGAUGAAUGAUCUAUUUGAGAUGGCAUUAUGUAAUAUGUGAACAAGUACUUUCAAUAUGCUUGUUAUGAAGAAGUGAACUCACUAGUAGUUCUACUCAGUGUGUUGCUUAUGUGAGAUAUGAACUCACAAUUUCAGUGAGCUUGGAACUCAAAAUUUAAGUGAGUCGUGAGAUGCAACAAACUAUGCCCAGUUUAUGUCUCAUUAUUAUUCUUCUCAUGUCGA